AUGGAGGCACACACUUGGAGGCACCUGCUGCCUUUAAGAAUGAAAAACAAAGUCGUCCUCAUCAUGUGGUCAUUUAUGGUCCAAGAGGUGUUCGGCGGGGCCAGUGAAACGGCCUGUUCCUCCACGAGUGUGCAGAUCCUGCACACAGGUGCCAAAGGACUCAUAUUCCCUUUGCAAAUGAAAGAAGAAACAGAGCAACAGAGCAUCCUUGAACGAGAUACUGAUGUAAACGGGAAGAAAUCAUUCCUAUUUUCAGCUCUGUAUGCUGCCUUUAUAUUUGGUGGUCGGCACCUCAUGAACAAACGAGCAAAAUUUGAACUGAGGAAACCACUAGUCCUCUGGUCCCUGAGCCUUGCCGUCUUCAGUAUAUUCGGUGCUGUUCGAACUGGUGCUUAUAUGCUGUACAUUUUGAUGACCAAAGGCCUGAAGCAGUCAGUGUGUGACCAGAGUUUUUACAUUGGACCUGUCAGCAAAUUCUGGGCAUAUGCAUUUGUGCUAAGCAAAGCACCUGAACUAGGUGAUACAAUAUUCAUUAUUCUUAGGAAACAGAAGCUCAUCUUCUUACACUGGUACCAUCAUAUUACUGUGUUACUUUAUUCUUGGUAUUCCUACAAGGACAUGGUGGCUGGCGGUGGCUGGUUCAUGACCAUGAACUACGGAGUGCACGCCGUUAUGUACUCUUACUAUGCCUUGCGGGCUGCUGGCUUCAGAGUCUCACGCAAGUUUGCCAUGUUCAUCACCUUGUCGCAGAUCACUCAGAUGUUGAUCGGUUGUGUGAUCAAUUACCUGGUCUUCUCUUGGAUGCAGCAGGGCCAGUGCCAUUCCCACGUGCAGAACAUCAUCUGGUCCUCUCUCAUGUACCUCAGCUACUUUGUGCUCUUCUGCCAUUUUUUCUUUGAGGCCUAUAUCGGCAAAACCAGAAAAGAAAGGAAGGUUGACUAGUGGUAGAAACAAGACAGAAGCCAUAGCUCAGGGUCAUCAAGAAAAACAAAAUUAUAAGAAAAGAAAAUGGCACAAGGAAACACAUAUAUGUAUGGUGCAGCUAAAACUUGGCAGCUUAGGGAAAGUUAGCUUGGUUUAACCCAGUAAGUUUAUGAUCCUAUCAUGGUGAGGACUCACUGAAUUCUACUCUAUCUCAAAGGACUGCUGAUGAAAGACAACUUCCUUCUUGUACCUGUCUGCUCUAGAAAAGAAAGGAGAAGAGAAAGAAGAGAAAAA